UGCUGUGUGCGAACAGUUUGUAUAUUUCUUAGUCUCCCACAGGAAGUAAUCUUGCACAAGAUACCAUGCGACCAAGAAUAAACGGGAACUAUGGGGGUGAUCUGUCUGGAGCAACGCUUUCCUGGAAGAGGAGGGUCUAUGGCUAGGGUCCCGGGCAAUGAACAGUUCAGUGGUCUAUGGUUGCGUUCACGUUGGAUAUUUACUGCGUAGUUCCUGGGCUGAUUUUAACAGUAAGAAGCUUGCUCAUUAAAAAUUUCUGGGCUCAUUUGAACGAGGGCACUACUUGUAAAAUGGCCAGCUCAGCAGCUAGUGGAUUUGUGGUCGUCACCCAGGUGUACCCUCAGCAAAGUGGUCCUACUGCACCAGCUUUCUGCACUACCUCACAUGUUUCCUCUGCAUUGGGAAAGUUUCUGAAAGGAGAUCCAAAGGCACUGGGGACAGUGCAAAUAAUGAUUGGAGUGCUGAACAUAUUAUUUGGCAUCACAAUGGCCGUCUAUGCUGACAGCAUUGGUGUUUACUCUGGGAUUGUUUUCUGGGGAGCGCUUAUUUACAUUUCCUCAGGAGCUCUGAGUGUUGCUGCGAACAACAAACUGAACAAAUGCCGGGUGAGAGGAGCACUUGGGAUGAACAUCAUCAGCACCAUCACUGCUGGCAUUGCAAUAAUCCUUUUCUCUCUGGACUUUGUUAUUAUGAAGAGAUAUUACUGCUAUGGCAGUGAGGAGUCAUUUCCCUACUACGAUGACACUCGAUGUGCGCUUCAGACCAGGUCACAGGGGAUGACAGGAGUGCUGCUGGUUUUCUCCAUCCUGGAGUUCAUCAUCUCCAUCUGUGUGUCAGCAUUCGCCUGCAGAGCAGUGUGUGACUGCUCCACAGAGACGACAAUUUCACCCAUUUUGGGCCAAACUGUGAUGGGCAGCAUGCAAACAGAGAAGCCUCCUCAAUAUGAUGAAGUCCUUCCUUGAAAGAGAUCAGAGGGCAUGUUUGUAUAGAUGUUUGUCUCUCUUUCAAUCCUACAAGACCUUCAAGACAAUAAAUAAUCUUCCUAUUUUCCAUAUAAAUAGCAGACAUAGAUUAGCUACUUUGUCUUUAUCACCUUUCAUAACAUUCCAUUAUACAUUUUUUUUUUUAUCAGCGGCAUCAUGUAUUUUACAAAAAAUCUUGUUAUGUAUAUUACCAAUUAUAUAAAGCAGGGCCUCCUUACAGUUAGGAUGGCUAAUAUGUAUUUUCGUAUUUUCGACACAACAUUUGUUCCUAUACUGAAAAGCUGCUUGGAGAAAACACAUGUUUGGGUUGCGGGUCAAAUAUUUUAGAGCCACAUGAGCCAGCGCUGGGUGUGUCAUUAGCCAACCACCUGUGUCUGUAUUGUUCUAACUCUUGAAUGGCCGUGUUUUUACUAUGUACUACUGCUACACUGUUGGCCAGCGGCGACGUAUCCAGCAUAACAGCAUUGAUUUCUGUACCAGCAGCAACCUAAUCUCAUAAAGAUUAUGAAAUCACAAAUUGCAAAACGAUUUUCUUGAAAUAGGACACAACUGAAUAAAUUUCAGUGUUUGUAUUUCUAAAUUAUAACUGUUUUGUUAUAUAGGCUGAGGGGAAAUGCAUCGUGGCAUAUUACAGGAACACAAGACUAAUUGAACACCUAUGGGAGAUUUUGGACCGAUGUGUUAGACAGCACUCUCCACCACUAUCAUCAAAACACUAAAUGAGGGAAUUUCUAUUGAAAGAAUGGUUUUCUGUCCCUCCAGUGGAGUUCCAGAGACUUCGCUAUGCUAAACGUAGAAUCUAUGCUAAGGCGCAUUAAAGCUGCUCUGGCGGCUCAUGGUGGCCCAACACCUUACUUAGACACUUUAUUGUGGUUUUUCCUUUAAUUUGUCACCCGUCUGUUUAAAAUUAUAUAUGUGCAUUAUAUGACAUCCUGGCCUUUUCUGCAGGUAAAAGGAGCACUUGGAAUGAAUAUCAUCAGCAGCAUAACUGCUGGCCUUGCGAUAAUCCUGUUCUCAAUUCAUAUGCCUCCUACUCUUGCCAAAGGCUUUGGCAUAUUCUUGAGGUAAAACAGUCACAUUGUUAAUUUUUUACGUGAUCUAAGUAGGUGUAUCUGAAUAGUCUGGACAUCCAACAACUUAAUGUGUUAUAUGACUAUGACUCAGCUGAUGUCAUUAGGAGAGAACCCUUCUAAUUGAACUCAUUCUUGAUCACAUGGGCUGCAUAAAUGAAAUAAAGAUUUAGCUACUGACAAUCAUACUGAAAAUAUUUUAACAAGUCUUAAGUGUUUAUUAUGCAAAAGUCCAAGUCUGCAGAAUGUAAAUGUAGGAGUGAGUGAUUGACUGCUACUGAUCUGUUCUGUUUCCCUGUUGUUGGUUUUCUCCAACCUUGAGUUCAUCAUCUCCAUCUGCUCAAAUAAAGAAUAUCAACGUCUUAA